AUGUCGGACACUGACAGCUCAUCUGAGAUGCCCGUCCCCCGUUCUCCCUCUCCUAAGCCUGCUCCUAGUGCUAAGCAAGAACCGGCGAACUCUGGGAUCACCAUUUCCCUCCUUGAAAUCGGAUCACUCCCCACUUUCUGCUGCAGCUCCUUCCCACCACCAAAGAAUAGUGUCUGUCCAGUAGGAAAACGAGGGAAGGUACAGAAAUUUAGCAAUCUCUUAAAGGACGUUAAAGAUGUUCUUAAAAACAUAGCAGGCUUUGAAGAGAAGACCACAGCUGAGGAGCCUUUUGGAGAUGCCUGUAUUCCUGAAGACCUGUCAGAACUUAACGUCAGAGGUGUUGAGAAGAGAAAUAAAAUACGAUUUAAAGAUGAUCUAUUCAUUAAUUACGACCCAGAGAGAGAGCAGAACCCAAUGAGGCAGGGGAUGCUAUUGAAAAACCAGAGCAAUAAGAACAUGGCACAAAAGUUUACAAGGGAUCUGUGCAAUCCAGAAGAAAAGAGAGGCUUUGAUGGUGUGCAGCUGAGCAUGAAAAGACGACGGAAUGGAUCCCUCCACAUUCGUGGAGAGUACAGAAAACUCAGGAACAACAUGGAGCAGUUACUGCAGGAAGCAGAUCACUGGAGUAAACAACAUAAUGAGCUCAGCGAACUAAUGAGGUCAUAUCAGGAAUGCCAGAAAGAAAUCAAAGAAACUACUGACGACGAUGAAGUCUGUUCUCAAACCCAACCCAACAACGAGCUAUCAACCAAGCAGAAGCUGGAGGCACAGGUGAAGAAACUGAGUCACGACACCCACUCGCUGCAUUUGAUCGCAGCCCUGCUAGAGAAUGAAUGUCAUAUCCUACAACAGAGGGUAGAUAUCCUCAGGGAGUUUCAUCUCCACGAAGCGGGACCGGGCCACGAGAAGCCUUUGCCGACGUCCGGUGAGCAGGACAAGAAAUGUCCGAAGUUAGCGGAAGCAGACAAGGCAGACGCUUCCAAGCACGCCACGAGGACAACGGAAGGCACGAUUACUAGGAAACCAAAGAUCCUCAGGAGCCCGGAUGAUUGCCUUACUAAGAAGGCUCGGAAUAACCGCUUCAACGCCCGCGUUGCAAAGAAAUCUCUGGUGGGGAAAAGGAGAACCAUUAGCAGCUUUCGGUAG